UACAGCUUUUGGCGAUCGCCGAUCUCCUUGUUCCUCGGGUUCCGUCGGGGAGGAGCAUUUCCACCAAGCUAUCUGUCUGACCAGGGUCUAUUGAAAUUGCUGGUAGUUAUCAUGUCGUCAUAUGGUCGAGACAAGGCAGCAGUACAAGGGCAGGAUCGAGCUGCCCUGGUCUGUCUGACCUGCCGAGCGGGCAAGCGACAAUGUGAUAAGCGGCUUCCGAUAUGUUCACGAUGCAAGAAACUAGACAGGCCGUGUGAAUACCCCGCCGCCGUGCAACCGGAACCUGAGGCCCGGCGUUUCCCAUCGAGACCAUUGCUGGAUAGGGCGCGGCCCAAUGCAUGUAUACGGUGCAAGGAGCAUAAACGUAGAUGUGAUCGCACCUUUCCACGGUGUUCCCGCUGUCUAAGGUAUCUAGAGAAUGCUCGGAAAACUGAGCGAACCGGCCACGAGGAUGGCGAUGAUUGGGCCGUGGGUUAUAGCUGACACAGAUGGCUUCUAGAAUGGGAAUCAGUUGUACAUACCCAGCGUCGAGUCCGGAGCAUCCAGACAUUGUCCCUAGUGAUCGUGAAGCAGAUACCUAUGGAGUCCAA